GAAAACUGAAAAAAUUCAAAAAAAGUCAUCACCAACAUUGUCUUCAGUAUAUACAACAGCAUGUCGGUGUCCACAGCAGGUCCUUUGAUCUGUUCUCAGUUCGACCCUUCGAACACGUAUCUAGCCAGUGCGAUCGUGGCGUUGGACUCUCAUCAAAUCAAGGUACAAUCGGUUAAUGCAUCUCAAUCAUCAUUAGAUACUUCCUUUAAUCUUGAUAGUGGGUUGAAGAUAACAUGCCUUUCCUGGGUAUCAUUUGGUGAACAGCAGCUGGUUGCGUUGGCGCUCAACAACGGGAGUGUACUUAUAUAUUCACCAUUCACUAACCAAAUCAUUGCAGAGCUUGUAUCAACGACUAAUUUAUCGAUUACUGAUUUCCACUAUUCUCCAGUUACAUCAUCGGCUUGGUCGUCGGAUAUAAAUGGGAACCUUUUCGAGUGGGAUAUGGACAGUUUCACCUUGAUUAGACAGUUUGCCAUUACUGAUUUACUAGAAACAUCGGAAUCAAUCAAUAAAAUUAGCUCAAUAACUUAUGAUUCGAAACCUCAUCUUUUAGUUGGAUCCCAUUCAGUUUAUUUGGUUGAUUUAGAUAACCUUCAAAUCAUUAAAACAUUCCCUGCCCACGUCCAACCAAUAAGCAAUAUCUAUCCUGUUCCUGAUAAUACUGAUCUUUUCUUCACUAGUGCCAAAAAUGACCGUUUCAUUAAUUUAUACUCUAUUCAAAAAAAUUCUACCAAAGCAAUUUUUGUGUCUCAGCUGUCGAUUUCACUGUUUUCAUUGGGGAUUAAAGAUGAACAAACUUCAAUUCUUUUGGUCAUUAAUGAAGCCGGGAAUUUAGAAGCUUUCCAAAAUCCUUUAAAUAACGAUCCUCAAAGUACUCCUGCAUCUCCAUCCUCUACUCCAACCCAAUCUAAAAAGAGAAGAAGACAUCAACUCAACGCAGUUCAAUCCCGUUCCUCAAACGCUUAUGUAAAAUUAUCCAGACCAUCUAUAGAAAUCAAGAAUCCAAAUGAUUCAAACUUAAUUAUUAAUAGCAUCACUAUAAAUCACGAUUCUAUAAUAUACUCCUGGUUAGAACAUUCAAGUGUUGCAUAUUUUGAUACUUUGAAAUGGUUAGAUGAAUCAAAUAAUUUCUUAUUGAAAGGUGAUAUCAUGCUUGAAAAAUCAAGACCAAAUUUAAAAUCUUCAGUUUCUCAUUCAGAAAAAGGUCAUGAUGUUGCAGCUACCAAACACUAUAAAGAAGGUAAUGCCAUUAUCACCGAAGGUUCUCAAUAUGGGGAUGUCGCAAAUGUCACUGAUGACGAAGAAGAAGAAGAAGAAACUUUGGCUGAUAAAUUAGAUAAAUUAUCAACCGAUCAACAAAAAAAUCUUUCAAAUAACUCUAAUAAGAAAAAGAAUAGAUCAAGUAAAAAAUCAAAUACCGCUACUUUAACAAUCAUUCUUGCUCAAUCUUUGAAAAACAACGAUCAUAGUUUACUAGAAAGUGUUUUGGUUAAUCGUGAUCCAAAUAUUGUUCAAAAUACUAUUGCCAGGUUAGACUCAUCUCUUGCCGUCAUCUUAUUAGAUAGAUUAUCAGAAAGAAUCACUCGCCAAACUUCUAGAUUUGAUCAAUUAAAUUUCUGGCUUAAAUGGAUCAUCAUUAUUCAUGGUGGUGUUUUAUCUUCUUUACCAAAUUUAAAUACUAAAUUAGCAAAUUUACAUGCUAUUUUAAGUAAAAAGGCAAAUACUUUACCAAGGUUAUUGGAAUUACAAGGUAGAUUAACUAUGUUACACCAACAAGUAGACCUUAAGAAAGAAAUUUUGAAUGGUGAUCAAUUCGUCUACACUUCUGAUAAUGAAAAUGAAGAUGCCGUGGAGUACGUCGAAGAAAUUGAUGAUGCUCAAUUCAAAGGAGAAUUAUCUGAGGAUGAUGAAGACUUAGAUAUGGAUGAUUUACAAGAUGAUUAUGAAGAUUCCGAAAGCGAAAAUGAUGAUGCACUGGAUCAAUCCGAUAUGCUGAUUCAAAAUUGA